CUCGCCAUGAACUGGCCUUGAUGUCAUAAACUUUGGCGAUGGUUUCUUCAGCGUCGAAGCACGAUGGAUGCUUUAUCCGCACCAGCCCAGAUUCGCGAUCUCGGUAGGGAAGGAUCGGCGAUCUGCAGGCCGCAUGAACUCCUUCCAAGUCCUUGGCGCAAUCGCUGAGAUAAUCGUGCAGCAUCGGCUAUUCAACCCGUCCAAGCAUGGUUCUUCCUGGUCGCUGCUCGGUUUCCCUGCCUCCUAUUUUACGAUUCAUCCUCCCGGCUUGCCAUUGACCAUCUGCUCUGUGUGCCGUGCUUUGUGUGAAUUCUCUUCCAUCCGUCAUGGGCAGUCUCGCUCCGGAUACCGCGGCCGCGCUGGCCAGCCUCAAGGCCACCUGUGCAGAACGAGGGCUGCUAGAUCGGCCUCAGGGGCUGCAGGAGGGGGAUGCCGUCGACGGCCUGACCGAUGACUCGACCUUACUCCGCUUCCUCCAGGCUCGCAAGAUGGACCCCACGGGGGCUCUGGAGCAGUUCGAGUCGGCCUCGCGCUUCCGGGCGGAAAAGAACAUUGUUCCGAUCUACGAUUCCAUAUCUAUCGAUGACUAUGAAGAUACGCGCAGAUUGUACCCGCACUGGACAGGCCGUCGCGACCGCCACGGCCUGCCCAUCCUCUUCCUGGACAUCGCCCAUCUCGACCACGCCGCCAUGAAACACUGGCGGAGCACGCGGUCUGUCAAGGCGGCUCCAGAGAUGUCUCAACGCGCCUGUGCGUAUUUCGACAGCUUGACGCGCUUCGUCCUGCCCUUGUGCACAGCGGCGGCGGAUCGGUCGGGCGGAGCGAUAGCUUCUCCAGUGACGAAGAGCAUCUAUCUAGUCGACAUAGCCAAAAUCAGCCUCAAGCAGGCGUGGGAUCUGCGGGACUUUGCGCGCGAGAUCAGCUGGAUCUUGGCGACGUGCUACCCGGAGACGAUCGAGUCGAUCUAUGUCUGUAAUGCCCCUUCGUAUUUCGCCACGAUCUGGGGUUUCAUGAAGAAAUUCGUCGACCCGGUCACGGCGGCCAAGCUCGUCAUCUUGACGGAGUCGCAGGUCUAUCCGACCCUGGAGACGACGAUCGACCGCGAAAAUAUCCCCGUGCAGCUCGGUGGCGCGCUGACGGCUGAGCAUGGCAUGCUCCCUGAUUUGGACCAAGACCUGCGGGCGAGUCUGUCGCGGUCGUCCUCGGGGACGAAUGUUGUCCUGCCGUCUGGUCCGCUGAAGUGGACGGAGAAUGAACAAGGGCAGCGAGUGCUUGUUGCGACGGGGUGCACGGCGGCAGGACCCCGGCAGGAAUCGGUUGCUGUGCUGUAAUCAUGCUGACGAUAACGAAUCUAUGCAAGUUGAAGUAUGAUCCUGAAGUGCAGAAUACCCGUAUUUCGAGCUGUGGUUUAUGGUCCAGGAUGCUAAGUACGACGCAGCAGAUAAUGAUUAACGAGAUU